AUGGUGGCUUUAUCACUACAUUCGAUCCUGCAGAAAUGUCCUUGCCGGAAGCCGCAGAUCCAAGAACUUGCAACAUACUACAAUGAUUCGAUCCAAGGGCGAGAUCAACUUUCUGACUCGAGAGACCUAACGCAGGAUAUCUUCCCCAGCCCUUCCGUCCUCGUCGCUUACGGCCUCGAAAGCACAAGCAAGACCACAGCCAUUGUCGAAGUGCUGAGAUGGAGAGAAAUUCCGCACGGAAUCGUCAAGAGUAGGGAGUGUCUCUCGCAGCGGCACCUGCUGUCCAAGAUCUUUGCGGUGUGCGUCGCGGCCUUGGGACGGGAACAGGGACAGGGACAGGAGAACCAGACGGGACAGCAGUUCGACAGGACGGACAGCAUCAACGCACUGGUGGGGAACUUGCGCAGGCUGUUCGAACGGGUCGUGGUGGACUCGAAGAGCAACCAGAAGAACAAGUUCGUGGCGGUGAUUGAGGACGCGGAUGCGCUGAGACAACCGGGCCCAACACUGCUCCCUGCAUUGGCACGGCUGGGAGAUGUGAUCCCUGGGUUUUCAGUCAUACUGACCUCGAGCUCCCCGCGACCUCUCAACCUGCACAAGACCGGGGUGCCGUGCGUCCACUUCCCGCCCUACACACGCUCCGAAGCCAUCUCGAUCAUCGUCUCUGCCCAACCGACCACGCCUUCACUCUCGCACUCAGCCUUAGCCUCGUCGUCAGGCACUUCCACCUCCACCACCGAGACCGACCAGCAGCAGCACGCCGCGCUCCUGUCGAAGAUAUACGCCCAGUUCGCGGUGACGGUGUACGACACCCUGAUAUCCUCGACGUCGUCGACAUCCAUAGACACCUUCCGGCUGGCCUGUGAGAGGCUGUGGCCGCGGUUCAUCGAGCCCAUCGUGUCUGGCGAGGAACCACCGGCGAGAGCCAAAUCGUGGGACUUUGCGAGAUUACUGGUGCGGAAUCGUGGUCUGUUUCGAUCAGAGGGAGAGGAUGCGUUGCAUAACACGUUUCCAAGGACCCCGUUAGACUCGAGCAAAUCUGCAGCAUCGAGAGAAUCCGCCUCAAAACCGUGGCUAUCACAAACAUCAUCAUCUUCUUCUUCUAUAACGCGGCCAUCCCUCCUGAAGCGUUUCCCGACCCUUGUCCUCCUCUCAGCCUACCUCGCAAGCCAUACGCUACCUAAACAUGAUAUCCUGCUCUUCUCCCGCUUAAGCGCCACGUCCAGCUCGAUCAGCAAGAAAAUUCGCAGACUGAGGCAGACGCCGACAAAGAGGAAAACAACAUCUACCCCGAGCGGGACGCCAACAAAGGACGCCACAACCCCCACCAAAUCGCGCAACAAGUCUUUGCUUGCCGCAGGGGCGAAUCUGGGCAUGCCACGGCCAUUCACACUUGAGAGGCUCGUCGCGAUCCUGCGUGCGAUCCACCCCCAAGGUAUCCCCAAUCGGCCAGGUCGUGGCGUGAGCGAUCGGAUAUACCGUGAGCUUGGAGAGUUGGAAAGACUCAGACUCGUUGUACGGUCGUCUGGAUCCGGCGCGGCGACUGGGGCUGGAGGGACGGGUGACGACGCAGGAGACGAGAAGUGGCGGGUCAACGUAGGUAGAGAAUGGGUUGUGAAUAUGGGACACGUGUGGGGGAUGGGAGUUAGUGAGUACGAGAUAGACCCAGACUCGUAG